AUGCCUCCCCGGCCCUUGACGCGGGCCUUGAAUCUGCGCCCAUCUCGUAUCGGCCCUCCCGACUACUUCACAUUCACAUACUCACGAGACCUGAUCUCGGUGAAGAGCAAAUCUGCGCAAAGAUGUCUUGCAACAUACACUGAAAACCCGACUGCUACCGACAAAGCAGGUAACAAAAAGGAACGUGUCGUUAUCCUUGGCUCUGGCUGGGGUGGAUAUACGGUCUCGCGCCGCCUGUCGCCGCAAUCCUUCUCGCCCCUCAUCGUCUCUCCACGCUCAUACUUCGUCUUCACUCCGCUCCUGACCGACACUGCCAGUGGCUCACUGGACUUUUCCAAUAUUGUCGAACCUGUCCGGGACCGGCGUGCCAAGGUCGACUUCAUCCAAGCUGCUGCGCGAGCUAUUGAUCUGAAGAAAAAGACCGUUUUGUGCGAGGCCACUGUGGUCCGGAGCGGUGUUACUGAGACGCCGCGUACCUCCGAGGAUGAAAGACAAGUUGACGAAGGUCCGGAAACCACGUCCAAGCAGCCAAUGCAGGCAUUGCGCCAAUGGGAACAAGGUGAAAUAUUCGAGGUUCCAUACGACAAGCUUGUCAUUUCAGUCGGCGCUGUCAGUCGCACUUUUGGUACACCGGGUGUCAGGAAAAAUGCCAUGUUCUUCAGAGACAUUGGCGAUGCGAAGCGGGUGAAGCGGCGCGUGCGCGAAUGCUUUGAGUUGGCCGUCCUUCCGACGGCAACACCCGAGAUGCGGAAGUGGUUGCUUCAUUUUGCAAUUGUUGGCGCAGGCCCCACCGGCACCGAACUUGCCGCCUCGUUGCGCGACUUCAUCUAUGUGGACCUGAUGGCGCUCUAUCCAGCGCUAGAAGGGAUCCCCAAAAUCAGUCUCUAUGACGUCGCGCCUCAGGUACUGUCGAUGUUCGACGAGUCCCUCUCCCGGUAUGCGAUGAAAACCAUGAGGGGCGAAGGCAUCGACAUCAAGACCUCCCAUCAUGUCAAGAGCCUACGCUGGGGUCCACCCGGUGCCCCAGGCCCCCAUGAAAUGGAUCCCAAGCGCUGUUUGACGUUGACUACCGAAGAGGAGGGUGAAGUGGGCGUGGGCAUGUGCGUCUGGGUGACGGGCAAUGCAAUGACCAAGCUUAUCAGCCAAUCUCUUCUUGCAGUCAAUGAUUUUCCAACUGACUCCGUCUACACCAUCGACGGUGAUUCAGGCCCGGUCGCCCCCACUGGGAAAUCCGCUUGGGAGGUCAAAAAGGUCCCCAAAAUAGGUGCCUUGCUCGUCGACGGUCAUCUCCGCGUACAACUUCACAACGAUGCUGGACAGACUGCCGUUCUCAAGGAUGUCUUCGCCCUAGGCGAUAAUGCCAUUCUGGAGACCGGUGCCCCUCCGGCUACAGCGCAAGCAGCCUUUCAAGAAGCCAAGUGGCUCGCGGAUCGCCUGAACAAGCAAGACCUGGAGCACACACCACCCUUCUCGUUCCGCAAUAUGGGCACGCUGGCUUACAUCGGAAGCGAGAAAGCGCUGAUGCAGCUCCCUCACGACAUGCAUGACCCAAGUAAGCGCAGUAAAUACCUGCCGGGGGGAUCACUGGCCGUAUGGCUCGGUUAG